CGUGGUAUAUUUGUUAUUUUAUGAUUCUUCCUCAGCAAAUGCUGACCCAGCUGCGGACCAUUUUUGACCUGAUCAUUCAGUUCCAGAAUGCUCAAGAGGCAUUCUUUUCUGCCGCAACCACUGAGCUGCAGUCGAGGCAGAGACUAGAAAAGGCCGUUGAACUACGAACAGAUGAGGGAGAGUGGGGCAUGACUGAAUGGGACGAGGAAGAAGAAAGAAAGCGAUCAGUGAAGUUUGUAGACAAUGUUAUUCCAGAUACCCGUGCUCAGUUGAAAGUGCUGUCCAAGUCCUACCAGGAUAUGGUUCAACAGUUCCUUAUGAUGCUCACUAGUCACCAGGACGUCAGUUUAAGAUUCCUUAGCUUCAGGCUGGACUUCAAUGAACAUUACAAGAAAAGAGAACCUAAGCUAAGAAGUCCUCUCACACACAGAUUCAGUAAGCGGGUCAAGACUCCGGUCCCGUAGAUCUAUCUCCUCUGUAACGGCUUUUUUUAUAGACCUCAUUGCAAGUAACGUCUUUCUUCGCAGUCUGACUUCAGCCUGCUGUUUUUGACAGUAACUGUGCUAAGUAACAUGACAAAUGAUGACAACAAACUGAUGUUGCAGUAUUUCGAGUGACAGUGUUAUUUCACCAUCGGUCGGUGUCGAUCCUGUUGACGAUUGGGCAAAAGAAUUGGUCAGACUAGUUGGUCGCUUUCACGAGUUUUUGUUAACAACAUCCGUUGCUCCUUCGAAUUAUAGCUCAUGUAGACGUAUCCUUAGUUUUAGAAAUACUCAGCUGAGAUUUUUCAGCCUACACAUCUGCCCAAUUUCUAUCAAAAAGAGUUUGACCUCAAACUUGACAGGUGUCUCAAACUUAAAACUCUCAUCGCAGGAGAGCUAGAUUUCUAUCAAAAAGAGUUUGACCUCAAACUUGACAGGUGCCUCAAACUUAAAACUCUCAUGGCAGGAGAACUAAAUAACUUUAGGAACUAAUCUUUGGCAACGAGUAUGUUAAUCCGAGAAAUAACACUUAAAAUAUGUAAAUAGUCCAAGGGUUUUUACUACAGGGUACAUUAUAGCUUAACAAUGGUAAUCAACAUCAAUGAACAUAAAUGCCUUGAGUGAAAAUAUAUUAGUAGUCACUGAAUUGUACACAAUCAAUACAAAACAAAAGGCUCUCUGAGCCAACUUUUUGACAUUCUCAA